UGUGCAGCAAUAUCUCCAAAAAAAAACCGCGAAGAUCGCAAGUGAUCGAGAGGAUCUAAGUGUGACUUAUUGUUUCGCGAGAGAGAUAAAGAAUAGCGGAAGUUGUGGGUGAAAUUGGAGGGAUUUUGCUGAUCAUUUUCUCAUCGGUUUUUGGGUGAACUUUAAACAAAUUGUUUUCCUCCUCCAAGAAACGCUCAAAAUCACGAUUCUUGCCAUCUUGAGGAGAGUGUGUGUGUGUGCUGUGAUCCCACGAUCUUUCAACACAUCUAACAUCGUGGAGCUCCUCUCUUUCUUUCUUUCUUGCCUUUUUCUUCGCGCUAUGCGAGAGUCUCGACACGAUUCUGUGAGCAGUUGCAUUCGGGAUUUCAAGUGAUUUGGGUGGAAACUCCUGCACGUUUGCCUUCUGGUGGUGAUCAUUUUUUUUUGCUGGGCACACAGCCACACCAACUUCCCAGUGUGUGGAUUUUAGGGAAGUCUCUCCGCGGCAUUUGGAUACAUUUAGAGGAAUAAAAAAAAAGUGAAGACACAUCUAGAGCGGCUCCAGCGGAAGUUCAAAAGUGCAGUAUUUUAGUGAUCUUUAUGUUUGAUCCUCAAAGGAUCUUCGUUUUUGUUUUUUUUUUUUAAUUUUCCUUUAAGGAAAAUCCAGUGUUGUGAUAAAAAGUGGAUUGAAAAAAAAGAAGAUUUUCUCACACUUCCUUCAAAGAAAAACCUUAAGAAAUAAGGGCAAAAAAAAACUCAAAGAUCGACAAUUAAGGGGAAAAAUUUCUUGUGUGGGCUUUUCUUGCGCCAAGAAUAUCGCUCUGAGAGAACAAAAAAGUUUCUUAUCACGCAUAUGUGGCCCAAAAUACAAUCCAAUGGAGAAGUGAUCGCCGCGAUCGCGUCUUGAGUCAUAACUUGGAUGUGUGAAAAGACCCUCGAAGAAGACAGAUCAUGAAGAAUCUCGUGCUUUGUGCCAUCAUUUUUGUGUUGGCGGCUGCACACGUGGAUGCCAGUACAGAAACAACCCACUACCUGCCGUCUGCUGAAUGCUACGACCCCUAUGGAAGACCUCAGAAAUGUUACCCAGAAUUUGAGAAUGCCGCUUACGAUCUACGAAUAGAUGCAACCAAUACGUGUGGCGAGGAGCGGGAUACGGAUUUUUGCGUUCAAACAGGAUAUUCAAAUAAGAAAAGUUGUGAUACCUGCAGAGCAGGAGAUCACAGUUCGAGAUUCCUGACUGACAUCCAUGACCCGGAUGAUACAACAUGGUGGCAAUCGGAGACAAUGUUUGAAGGAGUUCAGUACCCAAAUCAGGUCAACCUCACGCUAAACUUGGCGAAAUCAUUCGAUAUUACCUACAUUCGAAUUGUUUUCUACUCCCCUCGUCCGGAAUCCUUUUCAAUCUUCAAGAGAAUCGUCCCGAAUGGCCCAUGGCUACCCUACCAGCACUACAGUGCCACGUGUCGCGAUACCUACGGCCUCCCGGACUCUGUGUCCGUGAAGAAAGGCGAGGAUGAAUCCCGGGCACUCUGUAUGAGUGACUACAGUGACAUUUCACCCCUCAGGGAUGGCACAGUGGUCUUUGCUUCCCUCGAUGGGCGUCCCAGUGCCAUUAAUUUUGAAAACAGCAUUGAACUUCAGAACUGGGUCACAGCUACAGACAUCCGGAUCACAUUGGAUCGUCUCAAUACUUUCGGUGAUGAAGUCUUUGGUGAUGCGCAAGUGCUGAAAUCCUACUUUUAUGCCAUUGCUGAUAUUGCCGUGGGUGCGAGGUGCAAAUGCAAUGGACACGCCAGCAAGUGUGUCACGAGUACAGGAUUAAAUGGACAACGUACGCGGGUCUGUGAGUGCAAACACAACACAGAUGGACCAGAUUGCGAACGGUGCCUUCCGUACUUCAACGACGUCCCAUGGGGCAGGGCAACAGCUAAGAAUGUCAACGAAUGCAAAGAAUGCAACUGCAAUGGGUACUCGAAUAAAUGCUUCUUUGACCGCCACCUGUACAACCUUACUGGCCACGGUGGUCACUGCUUGGACUGUGCUGCCAAUCGCGAUGGUGCCAACUGCGAACGAUGCAAGGAGAACUUCUACAUGCGCGAAGACGGGUACUGCAUCAACUGCGCCUGUGACACAGUUGGAUCGCGAUCACUUCAGUGCAACGCCGAGGGCAGGUGUCAGUGCAAACCAGGUGUAACGGGUGACAAGUGCGAUCGCUGCGAUGCUAACUAUUACAACUUUGGACCACAUGGGUGCCAACACUGUGGAUGUGAUCCCAAAGGAUCCCUCGAUAAUACCCCAUCGUGCGAUCCCGUAACCGGUGCCUGCUUGUGCAAGGAGAACGUCGAAGGAAGACGUUGCCGGGAAUGCAAGCCUGGGUUCUUCAACUUGGAUCUUGACAAUAAAUUCGGAUGCACACCGUGCUUCUGCUAUGGGCACACUAGUGAAUGUACAAGUGCCAAUGGGUACUCCAUUGUCUCCCUAACGUCCAACUUCAAUAAGCAUCUGGAGCGUUGGAUGGCUGUUGAUGAGCGGAGUUCUCUGGUUGAUUUGAAGUACAACAAAUUCAGCCAGAGUGUGGGGAUCACAGCGCAGGGGCAUGAAUUUAUCUACUUCUCAGCACCUGAACGUUUUCUCGGUGAUCAGAGAGCUUCGUACAAUCGCCUGUUGAAGUUCCGUCUGCAGAUUAUUGGGCAAUCCGGACCAAAUCCUUCCCCGCACGAUGUUAUCCUCGAAGGAGCAGGAACGAGUAUUUCACUGCCAAUUUUUGCUCAGGGGCAUUACAUGCCUGAUCAACAGGUUCGUGAGUACGCUUUCCGUCUUCAUGAGCAUCCAGAGUACUCCUGGCAACCAAGUCAAUCUUCUCGUGGCUUCAUGUCCAUCCUGGCUAAUUUGACAGCCAUCAAAAUCCGUGCUUCAUACGCCAUGCUCGGAGAAGCCUAUUUGGACGACGUUGAACUCCAAACAGCCCACAGAGGAGCAGCAGGACGCGUUGCAACGUGGAUUGAACAAUGUACCUGCCCAAAGGCAUAUCUUGGGCAAUUUUGUGAAUCCUGCGCUCCUGGCUAUCGACACUCUCCCGCUCUCGGGGGGCCCUUCAUGCCGUGCAUCCCGUGCGAUUGCAACAAACACGCGGAGAUUUGUGACUCAGAGACGGGAAGGUGUAUUUGUCAGCACAAUACAGCUGGAGAUACGUGCGAUCAAUGCGCCAAGGGGUACUACGGAAGUGCCCUCGUGGGGACUCCAUACGACUGCAAGAGAUGCCCAUGUCCUGACAAUGGGGCCUGUAUGCAAAUGGCUGAUGAUUCAGUGAUCUGCCUUGAGUGCCCAGUUGGAUACUUUGGUCCCCGCUGUGAAUCUUGCUCCGAUGGAUACUUUGGGGAUCCAACUGGCCUACACGGGCAGGUGCAGUUCUGCCAACCAUGCGACUGCAAUGGGAAUGUGGAUCCCAACGCCGUGGGGAACUGCAACAGAACAACGGGAGAAUGCCUCAAAUGUAUUCACAACACUGCCGGUCCGCACUGUGAUCAAUGUCUUCCAGGUCACUUUGGGGAUCCUUUUGCACUGCCACAUGGUAACUGUAAGCAAUGUUCCUGCUACCCACCUGGUACUGAACAAACCGACGAUGGGAUCUCAAUGUGUGACUCCGUAACUGGAAACUGCCGCUGUAAACCCUACGUUGUUGGUAGGAAUUGCAAUGAAUGCCAAAAUGGUUACUUCAACAUUGUCUCCGGGAAUGGAUGUGAGAGCUGCAAUUGUGACCCAGUUGGCAGCUACAGUACAGGCACAAAUACAACAUGUGAUCGUUUCACUGGUCAGUGUACCUGUAAGCCCGGAGUUGUUGGCCUGAGAUGCGAUCAAUGUGCUUCCUACCACUACGGCUUUUCGGAUGAGGGAUGCCUCCCAUGUGAUUGUGACCAGAGUGGCUCAAAGAGCUUCCAGUGCGAUGAAACAGGACAGUGCCCGUGCAACGACAACGUGGAAGGACGUCGAUGUGAUCGAUGCAAGGAGAACAAGUACGAUCGUCAUCAAGGAUGUCUGGAUUGUCCAUUCUGUUACAAUCUCGUUCAGAAUGCAGCCAAUGAGCAUCGUGAGAAGCUCUACGGACUCAAGAAGUUGCUGGAUGAGAUUGCUUCGAAGCCAACGGUGAUAGAUGAUGCAGAAUUCAGCUACAAACUCAAAGCUGUGCAGGAGAAGAUCGAUAUCCUGGCGGAGGAUGCAAAAGCAGGAGCUGGUGGAGGUGAGCACACACUGAGAGAGAGGCUGAAUGACUUCCACGACAGAUUGGAAGCAAUCCGAGGGGUUUUGGAUAAGGCAGGAGGACUACUUGAUAAAUCCCGCGAUGAAGCAGAAGUUGCCACGAGGAAUUUCAAGGAUACCGAGCACAUAAUCGUUGAGGCUAGAGAACGUUUAGCUUCUGCCCUGGAAAUCCUUCAGACGGAUGGAGCUAAAGCUUUGGCAGCUGCUAAAGAUCGUUCAGAUCAAUUUGGUUCACAAUCAGAGCAAAUCAGUGCAAUUUCCCGUGAAGCACGUGCCCGGGCUGAUGAGUACGAGGCAAAGGCAAACUACAACCGCGAGAUUGCAGAUGAAGCAAAUGGGAAUGCAACUGAGGCGUACAACCUAGCACGUGAUUCCAUGGCCUUACUGCAGAACAUUAGCAAUGAAUUGAAGACAAACGUUAAGGCGGAAGUUUUCUUCUCAAAGGACACCGUGGACACAGCUCUCAAUAGAACGGGAGACAUUCAGAAGGAAGCUGAAGAAGCCUACGAGGAAGCUCUCUCGCUAUUCGCCACAGUUAAUUCCCAAUCCCCUCCAGAGGUUAACAUUGAGAAGAUCAAGAAGCAAGCUAAUAAGAACAAUGAGGAAGCCCGAAAGAUUGAGGAGCAACUCAAAGAAAUGCGAAAUGUUAACGAUAAACUUCUCAUUGAGCUCAAUGAGAACAAUGACAAAGCCAGGAAUCUUAUUGAAACAGCUGAUGAGCAAAAGUACCAUGCAAUGCAACUGCUUGAGGAAGUUAAGCAUUCCAAUGAGAUGGCCAAGGAAGCUGUAGCACAGGGUGAUGGAACACUCAAGGAAGCCAAUCAUACGUACAACACUCUGGCUGGAUUCCAAUCGGAAGUAGACGCUUCAUCGGCUAAUGCCAAGGCUGCCCUUCAGACUGUUCCGGCGAUUGAAAAAGAAAUUCGGGAAGCUGAACAAAUGGUUGCUAAUGCCGAAGCGGCCCUCACUGGUGCUCAUUCCAAUGCAAAUGGAGCCCGAGACAAUGCCCAAAAAGCAAAGGAAAAGUACGCCGAGCAGGCUUCAAAGGAUGCCGAUGAGAUCCUGCGGAAGGCAAAUGACACCAAAUUCGAAGCAAGAAAACUCCGCGGGGAAGCUGAUCAGCUCAAUGGGCGUGUCAUUGUGACGGACAAUAGGAUCGGAUCGUUGGAGGAGCUGGCAAAGAAGGAUGACAAUAUAACGAUUGAAUCGAAAAAGAGCGUGGGGCAGGCAAAGACGAACGCCGAGGAGGCUCAGAAGCAAGUUCAGAGUGCAAUGGACAAAGUUAAAUCCAUCAUGGAUGAACUCAACAACCUCAAAGACAUAAAUGUUAAGGAUCUCGAUGCUUUGGAGAAGAGACUGGAGGAUGCUGAAAGAGAUCUCCGAGAGGCAAAUCUGGGGAAACGCAUGGAGAACUUGAGUGAAUACAAGAACUACCACAAUCAACUGAUCAAGGAGUACCAAUCCCAGGUGACCCUCCUCGAGGCUGAGGUCACCAACAUUAAAGCCAUCUCGGACGCCCUACCCGAAGGGUGCUUCAAGCGUACCCGCCUCGAGCCAUAGAGAGUCUUCUGUACAAACGAAAAAGAGCGCGAAAUUUUAGUUAAAAAGAAAUUGCUUCCAGAUGAAAAAAAAACUAUCAGCUAUAUCCAGUCACUAACGUACUCUUCUUAUAUACAUAGUUCCACUGCCACGGAAAUGAUUACGCGGCAUUUUCCGCUUCAAUUCGUAUUACGCGUUUUUUUUAAAAGCCAUUUAUGUCUCUUUUAUUCAAUAGAUGAAAAAUUCUCAUUCUCGAUUACAAAUGUCUUCUACCAAAGAAAAUUUUUCCUUAGCGAGAAACAAGAGAGAGAGAGAGGAUGAAAAUGUAAUAAUUUUUGUAAUAACAUUCUCUAAAUCUUAAAUAAAGUUUUACCUUAAAAAAUAAUCAAAAAAAAA